AUGCUCCGACGCCUACAUAUUUCGAAGCCUCAGUUUGCCAAAAAAGCGUUCUUCUGGUUGGAACACGGCGAUGAGGAGAACAUUGCACCGAAUAUUCUCGAAACCGAAGGCGAAUCGAGUGGCGAGGAAAAUGUUGACAAAACACUCAUCGCAAAAAAAUCCAUUCGGAAAAUUACACCGGCUCGAUCAUUCGAGAAAAAGAAGAAUCCCUCGCAGCCUUUGAACAUCAAAAAGGUGAAAAAGGUCAGGAAGAAUUCCUCGGAUUCCGUUUGCUCGAGUAAAAAGAGCGGAGAACAGGCUUCAGUGGACCAGGUUCCGCCGCCCCUGCAACGAGCUCUGUGUACGAAAAGCCGUUCUUCGAAAAAUUCGGAAAAUUUUCUAUAUCUCGAGAAUGCAGUAGGACGUGAACACCAAGCCCAUGUCGGACCAUUCAAAAAACUCCGAGACGCGAUGAGGAGGAGGAUCGAGAUGAGAGAAUGUGGUGUCCGCCUGAUGAUGAUCAAAACUUGGACUACGACCUGCUCAAAAACGCGUACUGGAGAGCAAUUUGGCGCCAAUUCGAAAAUCAUAUUCCGAUGGAGGUUGCACUUCAAUGGUUGAUGAUCAACGACUAUUCAAUUGAGAAGAGCCUUGAUUCCAUUGAUCAAGUACUUCCAGAUCUUCCACGUGCUUUCCAGCCAAUACGUGUUGCGCAAAUUGAGCGGUUCAAAGAUGCUCUCAAGAAGAUGAAAAAAGGGCCAAUUUUGCGAGAAAUUCAGAAGAAUUGUAUGCCCAACUACAACCUCGACGAGAUCCAUCACUUCUGCCACGCAUUCCAACAUCACAUCAUGGAAAAAACCAGCAAAUCUUGCCACUGCAACGAGCCGCUCUGUGAGGACUUGGAGUUUCAACCUCGAUGGGCUUGUCAGAAUUGCAACAAGGCGUUGAAGUAUUACGAUCCAAUUCCCGACGAUACUAAGCUCUGUCUGAUCUGUUCUACUUAUCAAGGAAUUACUGGAAACACCCGUCCAUCGAAAGCCACCGUGUUCAGCAAGGAAGAAGCCAAAAAGGUUAUUUCUUGGAAUACGCUGAUGCGAACAUCGUCGGGCUCACUGUCACGGGAAGAGUUUGAGAAGAUCUACGCAUUGAAGAGAUCUGAGCUCACAAAGGAAGAGAUCGAAAUUCUCGGAGACAACGUCAAUAUCAAUCGUUAUUUGGCUGUGGAGAAGCGUAUUUCUGCAAUGUCAACGUCUGAAAAGCUGAAGCCAUAUUCUAUGCCGCUUUUCCAAAAAUGCGGUUAUCAAAAUGGACAUCACAUGAUCGUUGAAGUUUGCCCAUGAGU